AUGAGUGAGCUUAGGUUGGAGUGGAGGGAAGCAGCUGGAGCGACUUUAGCGAAUGGAGCAGCAGAUGGCGGUGUAUCAGGCUCAGAUGCGCGAUCCGCUCAGUAUUUUCAUGAAACGUUCGACGAGUUCAUCGAGUUUCAGGAUACUAUAAUCCAAAAAUUGGGGCUGCAAGGCGUGAAACGGGUGGAAAAGUUAUUCUACAGAAUUUCGAUAUCUGUUUUGCGGGAUGAUGUGAAGUAUGAUUCAUUCGUCAUAGGCAACGACGAAGAUCUGGAAGUUCUGUUCCCCACGGCAGCCUGCUCUAGUUCGAGGUUUGUUGGUGCCUCUUCAUCUCUGUCCGUGAUUAAGCCUGAGGCAGUUUUGGUGGCUUCCCCAUCCUUCGCUACUGAUCUAAACCGCACUCGUGACAGAGAAAGGGUUGACACUGGGCCCGUAGUUGAUGUUGCGAUUGCGAUGGCCGGCAUUGAUGAUGUGUUACCAGAAUCCCGACAGGGUAGAGCAUCAGAUGGUGUGGAAGAUGUAUUUCAGGAUGAGGAUGAUGAUGAUGUGGAGCCUGCCACGAUUACCGAUGAUAGCGACGAUAAGGAUGCGAGGAAUACUCUAGCUGGGGGUGGUGGAGCAACUAGUUCAGGAACUCCGCAAUACCCCCCCCCUCCCGGCACACUUUUCAGCUUUGGACUUGGAUGCCAUGAGACAGUAGGGAGAACCUGCCUGUUGCAAUCUGAUUACCGCAAGUACCAUGGCAAGUGUAAGUAUUUCAGCAACAGUGAUCACAGGAGGCUAGAUUACCAUGUGAUCUCGGCUUUCAUACUACCUAUAAUUAGAGCCGAUGCUGCAGUGUCAAUCAAGGUACUUCAAAAUGUGACAGAGACCCAUUUUGGUUUCAGACCGACUUACAGGAGGGUUUGGAUGGCUAAGCAGAAGGCCGUGGAUCAGAUUUACGGAGACUGGGAAGAGUCAUAUAAUGAGUUGCCGCGAUGGGUGCUAGGUGUACAGAUAACGAUGUCAGGUAGUGUUGCAGUGUUGAGUAGGGCAGCCACGUAG